AUGACCGCUGUGUCACCGAACACACCUGGUAAAGAAAUGAACAAACAAGAAGCAUCAUUCAUGUAUUUCCAAUUACUUGUUGAGAUUUUAACUCAGUUCGCUUACAAAGACUCAACAAAACAAGAACUGAUUAAUUUGUGUCGAAUGGACUAUGCAGGCAAUAAUAAAGAACUAAAUGUCAUCGAUCAAUUCUAUGAAACGUACUCGAAAGAGCAAGCAAUCGAGUGGUACACGAAAGAAUCCUUUCUCUACCGAAUGCUAAAUAAAGCAUUACGAACACAAGACAUUGACAUGUUAUUCAAGCUCGGCUUUUUCAUCAAAGACCUUCACGAGGAGCUUCGUAAUCUGCAAAACUCAUCGACUACUCAUCUCGGAAGAACAAUCACUGUUUAUCGUGGACUAGGGAUACCCAACAAGGAGUUCGAAAGUUUACAACAGAAAGUAGGAGGACUUUUAUCGAUGAGCAGCUUCUUGUCAACAAGUGCUCAAGAAGCCGUUGCUAUGCGCUUUGCGCGCAGCUCAUUAGGCAGAUCAGAUACUACGCCAGUUCUGUUUGAAAUGACGGUUGACAUGGAGAAAUGUAGACAACCAUUCUCAAAUAUAAAAACAGUGAGUGCUUUUAGUGCAGAAGAUGAAAUUCUAUUUUCGAUGGGCACCGUGUUUCGGAUUACCUUCAUAAAGAAGAUGAAGAAAGAAGGCGUUUGGAAUGUUAAGCUAAAACUGAAUGGAGACGAAGACAUAGAGUUAAGCGUGUUAAGAAACCAUAUAAAGCGUGAACUUGGUGAAUCGAACCACUUGAACGCGUUGGGUCUGUUGCUGAUCAGAAUGGGUGAAAAUAGUAGAGCAGAGCCAUAUUUCCAUAUGUUGCUCGAUGACACCUCGCUAGAUCAAAGUGCUCAUGCAUCGGCACAUAAUAACAUCGGACUGGUUUAUCACCAACAAGGUGAUUAUGAGAAAGCAUUGAAAUCUUAUGAAAAAUCUCUUGAAAUCUAUUUGAUUUCACUUCCACCAAAUCACCCAUAUAUUGCAACAACAUAUAAUAACAUCGGAAUGGUUUAUAACAAACAAAGUGAUUAUGAGAAAGCAUUGAAAUCUUAUGAAAAAUUUCUUGAAAUUAGAUUGAUUUCACUUCCCCCAAAUCACCCUGAUAUUGCAACAACAUAUAAUAACAUCGGAUCACUUUAUAACAAACAAAGUGAUUAUGAGAAAGCAUUGAAAUCUUAUGAAAAAUUUCUUGAAAUCUAUUUGAUUUCACUUCCACCAAAUCACCCAUCUAUUGCAACAACAUAUAAUAACAUCGGAUCACUUUAUGACAAACAAAGUGAUUAUGAGAAAGCAUUGAAAUCUUAUGAAAAAUUUCUUGAAAUUAGAUUGAUUUCACUUCCCCCAAAUCACCCUGAUAUUGCAACAACAUAUAAUAACAUCGGAUCACUUUAUCACCAUCAAGGUGAUUAUGAGAAAGCAUUGAAAUAUUGGGAAAAGGCACUUAGUAUCGUACGAAGAACAUUGCCUCUUGCUCAUCCUACUCGGCGUGUGAUCGAGUCAGCUAUAGCGACUGUACGUGAAAGCUUUCGAAGUAGAGAACUAUUUUCAGUAGUUCAUAUAUUUUCUUUGUGUCACUGCAAAAACGUUUCUGAAUGA